AUGUCGUCCAUGACGGCGCACAACGCGUCGUGCUUUAAUCUGACACGCCAGAGCGAAUUCCAAGGGCCUUUUACUAUAUGGAACUACGAGGAGCGCAGUGUAUGGUUUCAGCGCAAGGCAAUCUUGAUCGUCUCUAUAUUCCUCGCGAUAUUUAUUGUACUCAUUAUCGGAUUCGCCGUGUUCCUUCGGGAUCGCAAUGCAGGCAUCUCGGAGGACGGCGAAGAGGCGCUGCCGCGCAUCGACACGAUCGCAUCCGAGCUCCAGCGGGGGAACAAGCAACGAGGGCCGUCGAUCCGAUUCGCACGCGCGCCGCGACGCGCUUCGCGCGCGCUGCGGCGGCGGCGCGUCUCGAAACCGGUCGAGACGGGUCCGACACAGGGCGCACAUGCUGCCCAUGAAGAAGUUGAACGCGCCGAGGCGCCAAGCGCCGCGAAUGCAACGUCGCCGGAGGUCCGCGUCACGCUCCCGGGCCCGGAGCCGGCGCCGGCCUUGGCGCCGCGCCUCGACGAGGCGCUCCCGGAGCUGGGGCCGCGCGUGGAUGUGCCUCUGCCAGGGGACGCCGAUCAUGCGCCGUACCCCGUUGCAACACGCGCCGAUCGCAGCGACGUCGAGGCGGUGAAUGCGAUGCAUAUCGAGCACGAGGUCGCUCAGCCACCGGCAUACAUUGCCGAGGCGAGCACGUCGCCACGCCGAUCGGUUGCUGCCGAUAAGCGGCGUGCGGCGAGCCCGGAGCGCGCGCCGACGACCGACGACGACGUCGCUGGGACCGACGAGCUUUUUGCGCAUAUCGCGACAGACGAAAAGUCGGUCCUCGCGGCACUGCACUCGGCAGCCAGUGCGCCGCCGAGUGCGCCGAGCGCGCCGCCGAGCGCACUCGGCAGCGUACCGAGUGCACCGCCGAGUGCGCCGCCGAUGGACGCGGCGUCCGAGGCAGAGCUGCCGCUCGAGCGUGGCAAAGGCAAGCAGCGGUAUGCAUCGGGCUUGCCUGCCCCGCCAAUCGCCGUGCCGCCUACGGCACGGUACGAUGCGCCGCUAUUCCACUCGCAGUCGAAUGAGAAGGAAGCCGAGGCCGAGGCGGAGCGUGCGGCGCUGGCGUCGCUGUUGCCCUCGGCGCCGGACGAGUGGGCAUGGCAAGGCGAUGCGCUGCCUGUAUAUGGCGCGCCGUCGGCUCCGCCCGGAGAGGGCAUGGGCGAGGAAGAUGGGGAUCGGGGCGUACCGCAUCUGCUCCUUUUGCGCCAUCGGUUCCCCCUGCCCCCAUUGUCCCGUCAGCUCCCUCUGCCCCUUCUCUGA